GCUUAGUUAUGCAUGUAACCAAGAGCACUUUACAUAGAUCGAGGAAGUAUUACAUUGCACGAUCCAGAUAAUGUGAACUUUGCAGCUGCAAAAGCAGAUAUCAACCCUACCUCACCAAUACGCCUUUGAUAAGUCUUUCGUCAAUAAUAUUCUUUAUCAACACCUUAUCUCCCACUGUGCUAUUUAGAGGACAGUCAUAUAAAGGCUUUUAUAACCAAGUAACUACUUGAUCCCGGCCGCUUUCAAAGGAGACUCUGAGCUGUCUGUCAUAGUACUUCCGCGGAGUUUGCUGUUGCCAUAUAGCAUGUGGGCAACAGGUUGUGUUUUGGCUUUAAAGGCAGGUUCUGAUGUUCGCUACAUGCAUGUGACGGAAGAUGUACCAUAUCCUUGAGGUUAUUGAAGAUGGUAAAAAGAGAACAACAAUUGUUCCCGAUGAAUGGCUAAUAACAACGGGCAGCAACAAGUGCUUCUGGCCCAACUGCAAUGCAGAUUUAUCCUGGGUAAAACACAGGAGGAAACCAGGUCCUAAUUGGAGGGUGUUUAACUACAAAAGGAUUGUUAAAAGUACAUCUUCAUACGAGAAAAGCCUGGAUUUGCUCAUGAAGGCAGCUUACAGCAGUGAACUGAGAAGCAACUGCCUGGCUGAUGCUGCCGCUGAGUGCAGUGCAAGACAGAAACAAAGAUCACGACCAAGAAAGAUAUGGAGCCCUAGCUGUGUUAGUGCUGAUGACCUGUCACACACCUUUGACUUAGAUGUUGAAACAUCUCCAGAAGUAAUUCUUGGAACUCAUUUGUCAUCUGCUGCUUUAAACAUAAGACCAAAGCUAAGUUCAUCUUCCCCAGUGCACCAUCAUCUACCUCAGAGAAUUCCAGCACCUAAUUCUUCAAGAGCAAGAUCAAGAUCACCAGUCUGCAGGAGCUUGCCUUCAGCUAGCCAUGCACCACCAAGACCUUUAGUAGUUUGUCGGUCACGAUCUCAGUCCCCCAUUGACAGACAAUGUUUACAUGCUUUCACAUCAGCACCACCAUCAGUGCCAGCUUCCUGGUUAUCAACACCAUCAGCCACUGUGACUGACUUGCCAUCUGGAUUAUGUAUAGAGCAAGUAGCUCCUUUCUUUGAAAGGAUGUUCACAAAAAUGGAAGAGUUCAUGUCAGAGCUGAAGAUCCUACAGGAAAAGGUUGACCACCUCGAAGCCAGAUUAGGGCAAGCCUAUAUUGGUUCCAAACCUCUAGUUCCAGCCCUGCCUGAGGGCUUCAUUCUUCCACUGCAAGAAGUUGUGCAGCUAGAGCAGAUGAACAGUGACCUGGCUGAUACUGAGAUCAAGCAUAGGAUGGUUUUGUACCUAUUCAACUUUGGAGGCCGCUCGCCGAAGGAUGCACUAUACAGGAUGCUCAAAGAACUGCUGGAACCACAGUUGUCAAUACUGUACAGCAUGGAGGGCAAAAAGGGAAAACUGAAGUUCAACAGUCUGAAGAAUUUCAAAAUGACAGUUUAUGAAGCAAUAAUGCUGAAAUUCAAAGAAGCGACUGUGGCUGCACUUGAUAAAUACACUGGAGAAUGGCUUUCCAUGUCAUGUGACCGUGGUGGGGGCCGAAAAAAGAGAGAAGAAGAGAAGAAAAAGCUACAGCAGCAGGAACAAUGUUGCUGAUGUGUUGCUGCUGGAUGGUGGGGAAGGCUUUGAUACUGAAGUGAAAUCAAUAGCAUCAUUCUCAUUUUCUGUUGUGAUGGUGGAGAUGUAGGAGAGCAAGAAACAUGUGGGAGAUGGUUAAGAUAAGAGUGAAAGAAGUGUGCAAGUAUUGUAUUUUGUGUGUGAAGAAUGAGCAAUUACAUUUAUGACAAUGAUGACAGAUCAUUGAACUGCAAUAAAAGUUUUUACACAAUA